AUGGCUUUCAAUUCUGCCGCGGUGGUAGCAUGCUCCCCUUUAAGCAUCCCUUCACCAGUACUCUUUGGAGCUGAGAUUCUGUCCCUCGAAGCCAAUCAGGUCAAUGACUUCAGUCGGACGGUAGGAUUUGGAUUGUACGCAAACCACGGAGCCGUCGAUGUCCAAGCGGCCAACAUUUGUAAUGUUUCUAUCGCCUACACUCACCCAGGCCAGAACGACAAGGUCAAAGUGCAGAUGUUUUUACCAACUAAGGACUGGAACGGACGGAUGCAAGCCAUUGGUGGCAACGGAUGGCAGACUGGUCUCAAUCUUGUUGCUUUGGCAGGAAUGGAAGCCGCAAUAGGCGAAGGCUAUGCCUCUUUAUCAACUGAUUCUGGCCUGGGAACUUCUGACUCUCCGACUUGGGGACUCUUGAGUCCGGGAAAUACAAACCGCUAUCUGCUUCAAAAUCUUGCAUCAACAUCUCUGAACGACCUCUCUAUACUUGGGAAAGACCGUGUUAACAGCUAUUAUGGUACACCGCCUGUAUUCUCAUACUGGAAUGGUUGCUCACAGGGAGGACGUCAAGGCAUGAUGCUUGCCCAAAGAUUCCCUGAAGCUUUCGACGGUAUUGUAGCUUCUGCUCCAGCCAUCAACUGGAGCGAGCUCUUCGUGGGAGACCUUUGGCCUUAUAUUCUCAUGAAUACCAUGAAGACAUUUCCUCGACCGUGCGAGAUGCAAGCUAUAACCCAAGCAGCUGUCACCGCUUGUGAUGGUAAUGACGGCCUCGUUGAUGGGCUCAUUACAGAGCCCGACGACUGCGCUUUUGAUCCUACGACUCUUGUUGGCACCACAAUCCAAUGCACCGAAAUCGGUCGGAAUGUUACCAUCUCGAUGGGAGCAUCGAUUCUCACUCAGGCUAUCUGGGAAGGGCCGAUGGGAUCAAGCAAUAGUUCGCUCUUCCCCGGACCAAAAAAAUGUACUACUUUAUCGUCUACGGACGCGACUUCAGGAGGAACGAUUGCUCUCACCACAUGCUCAAGUAACGGGACUUGCGUGGCGGCUCCACUUCCACUUCUUACUCCGUGGGUAAGAAAAUUUGUCCUCAAGGAUGAGAGUGUUGAUCUGUCAAAACUGACACGCGGAGAUUUUGAACGUCUCUUGCACGCUUCCGUUAAUGAGUACUCGUCUGUGUUGGAUACCAAUGAUCCUGAUCUGUCAGCUUUUCGUGCUCGUGGAGGGAAAAUAGUUGGAUAUCAUGGAUUGCGGUACUUCAACAAUGUGACUGAGCUCGGCCCAAACAUCCAUGACUUUUAUAGGAUGUUCUUCUCCCCAGGUCUCGGGCAUUGCUUCGGUGGAAAUGGCGCUUAUCCAGCUGAUACCUUUGACGCAAUGCGCUCCUGGGUUGAGAAUGGGACUGCUCCAGAUGUACUGAAUGCAACAUUUGUAGGCACUACUCGACUAGUGAAGCGAACACUGUGUCCAUAUCCGCUAAAACAGACUUAUGAUGGGGUUGGGAAUGCUACUGAAGACGAGGGAUUCUCUUGUAAAUAG